CAAGGAUCUCUCCAGAGCUCACUGGUUUGACAGAUCUCAGUUCAUUGCAGUUUCUAUGUAGGAAGACAACCAGACUCGUCCUGGGUCUCUAAUGUGGCAAUAUCAAUGAAAUGACAGCAAUCAAGCAUGCUUUACAGAGAGAUAUUUUCACUCCACAUGAUGAACGAUUGCUCAGCAUAGUCAAUGUCUGCAAGGCAGGCAAAAAGAAGAAAAACUGCUUUUUGUGUGCUACAGUAACAACCGAGCGACCAGUCCAGGUAAAUGUUGUAAAGGUGAAGAAAUCUGAUAAGGGGGAUUUCUACAAACGGCAAACUGAAUGGGCAUUGCGAGAUUUGGCUGUCGUUGAUGCCAAAGAUGCUAACAAGAGCUCUACCAAUCUACAUACACAGCAAGAUGCACCAGUACCCAAAAAUGGGAGGGAGAAUCCAGAGUUUGAUUUGCACUUCGAAAAAGUUUACAAGUGGGUUGCCAGCAGCACAGCAGAGAAAAAUGCUUUUAUUUCCUGUAUUUGGAAGCUCAAUCAGCGAUACCUUAGAAAGAAACUUGAGUUUGUCAAUGUUAGCUCUCAAUUAUUGGAAGAACUUCCUAAAGUUACAGAAGAGUCUGUUCCAAGCGGUGAAAAUCAGAGUGUGGCUGGUGGAGAUGAGGAAUCUUUGGAUGACUACCAGGAGCUGAAUACAAGAGAAGAACAGGAUAUUGAGAUAAUGAUGGAUGGUUGUGAAUAUGCCAUCUCGAAUGCUGAAGCAUUUGCAGAAAAACUAUCUAGAGAAUUGCAGGUGCUGGAUGGGGCCAAUAUCCAAUCGAUCAUGGCUUCAGAAAAGCAGGUGAACAUUCUGAUGCAGCUGCUGGAUGAAGCACUUAAAGAAGUAGAUGAAAUUGAGCAUAAGCUGAGCAGUUAUGAAGAAAUGCUGCAGAGUGUAAAGGAGCAGAUGGAUCACAUCUCUCAAAGCAAUGAUCUCAUUCAGCUCAGUAACACUAACAAUAUGAAGCUUCUGGAAGAAAUAGAAUUUCUGGUGAACUAUUUAGAUCUAUCCAAAGGCCAUAUUAAAGCCCUUACAGAUGGGGAUCUUUCUUCUUCUAAAGGAAUUGAAGCAUGCACCAAUGCUGCAGAGGCCCUUUUGCAAUGUAUGAAUGUAGCCCUUCGACCAGGACAUGAUGAGCUUCAAGCAGUGAAGCAGCAGCAGCAGCAGUUCAAAGAUCUUCGGGAACAAUUUGCCAGGAGACUUGCCAACCAUCUUAAUAAUGUUUUUGUCCAGCAGUUUACUCAGACUCUCACCUUGCACUAUCGCAGAGCUUCCUACCACUCAGUUUCUGGCCACGAUCAAAGCUCCACAUUGGCUCAGCACUCAGUUGAGCUGUCUCUCCCUAAACAUCUUCCUUUCCAUCGAGAUCUACUUAGAUAUGCAAAGCUCAUGGAAUGGUUAAAGAAUACUGAUCAUGAGAAAUAUGAAGGAUUGAAUAAGAACUAUGUAGAUUAUAUAUCCAGGUUAUAUGAAAGAGAAAUCAAGGAAUUCUUUGAGGUUGCAAAGAUCAAGAUGACUGGCACAUCAAAGGAAGGAAAAAAGUUUGCCACACUUCCUCGAAAAGAGAGUGCUGUCAAACAAGACCUAGAGAGUCUCCAUGGAAGUUCUGGGAAACUUACUGGAUCCACCUCCAGCCUAAACAAACUGUCUGUUCAAGGAUCAGGGAAUCGUCGCUCUCAGUCAUCAUCACUGCUGGACAUGGGAAAUAUGUCUGCAUCAGACCUUGAUGUGGCUGAUCGAACAAAGUUUGAUAAGAUUUUUGAGCAGGUCCUAAGUGAGUUAGAGCCCCUGUGUUUGGCUGAACAAGACUUCAUUAGCAAAUUCUUCAAGUUACAACAGAGCCCAGCAUUACCAGGAUCUGUUGUGGCAGACUCCACUGAUGUGGAUGGGCUACUUCUCUCUCGACAACAUACUCUUUUGGGAGACAGACAUUUAUUACCAUCUGAAAAAGAGGAGGCAGGUAUCAUUCGAUCAAUGAUGAUAAAGGUUUUCCGCUGUAUUGAACCAGAGCUAAACAACCUCAUUUCACUUGGGGACAAGAUUGACAGCUUCAACUCAUUGUAUAUGUUGGUGAAGAUGAGUCAUCACGUUUGGACAGCAGAGAAUGUGGAUCCUGCCUCCUUUCUCAGUACCACAUUAGGAAACGUACUUGUAACAGUCAAGAGAAAUUUUGACAAAUGCAUUUUGAAUCAAAUUAAACAGAUGGAAGAAGUUAAGAUAUCAAAGAAGAGUAAAGUUGGAAUUCUACCAUUUGUUAGUGGGUUUGAAGAAUUUGCAGAACUAGCAGAGUCCAUCUUCAAAAUUGCUGAACGUAGGGGGGACCUCGACAAGGCUUACACCAAACUAAUUCGGGCUGUUUACAACAAUGUGGAAAAAGUCGCUAAUGAAAGUCAGAAGACACCAAGAGAUGUUGUGAUGAUGGAAAACUUUCACCACAUUUUCUCAACGCUCUCUCGUCUGAAAAUUGCAUGCCUUGAAAUGGAAAGGAGAGAAGCCAAACAGAAAUAUACAGAGCAUUUGCAAUUUUAUGUGAUAUACUCUUUGGGACAACCUCUUGAGAAACUUAAUCAUUUCUUUGAGGGAAUUGAAGCUCGUGUGGCACAGGGCAUCAGGGAAGAGGAAGUGAGCUAUCAGCUAGCAUUCAACAAGCAAGAGCUACGAAAAGUCAUUAAAGAAUAUCCUGGAAAGGAAGUGAAAAAAGGACUGGACAACCUGUACAAAAAAGUGGACAAGCAUCUCUGUGAGGAAGAAAACUUGCUGCAGGUUAUGUGGCAUUCCAUGCAGGAUGAGUUCAUUCGUCAAUACAAGCACUUUGAGGGUCUGAUAGCUCGUUGUUAUCCUGGCUCUGGAAUUACUAUGGAAUUCACCAUCCAGGACAUUCUAGAGUAUUUCUCAAGUAUUGCACAGUCGCAUUAAUAACUAAUAUUGUCUGAAAAGUAACGAGGUGUCAAGCACCAUUUUCACGUUCUUUGCUAAAGCCUGUAAUAGCUCUUCAUGGAAAUAAUUGACAUCUAAUGCUGGCAUAAUAUUAUUUGUAUAUUUAAAAAAUAGAUACUUAGGCCAAAGCUGAAAAGCUCUUUUUUCUGACACUCUGUUAACUAAUUUACAUGCACAUCUAACAAUAUGUUCAAUUAGGGAUGCAAAUGCACAAUUCUGUGAUAUAUUACUUUAUGUGAUGAAAAGUUUCAGGUUCGGAAAGUUUUGAUGUGUAACACCUGGAAUUUUGUAUUUCUAGCUAUAUGGAUUGGUAAUUUAUUUUAAAAAUACCACCCUUGACUCUAUCUUAAAAUGAGCAUCUUGUGUUAGAAAUCACAAUUUCUGAGUAAUGGGAGAUUUGAGACUGUUAAUUGUUUUCUAGUAGAGCUUUGUGAAAAGCUUCACAAAUUUUGAAAAAUUACUGAGCCUUGAAGUAUUGCCAAAUGAAGCUGUAUUUUAAGAAAGCCGGUUCUUCUAUCAAUGCAUCUCAUAACAAUUUCUUUCAGGAAAAUGGUUACUAUAUUCUAGAAUAAUACAAAAAUCUCUGCUGAUCUAGUUAAAAUUCAGAAUAUAUGCUAAUAUGCUGAAAAUUGCUUAAUUCAGCCUAUCACAAUUUCACUUGUGUUAUUUGCACUGGAUUACACUUGUGCAAGUGCCAUGGAAUAAUUACAAUUAUUGGAUCAUUUGUGUUUUUAUUAUGGUAAAACCACUUUGAAAUAUCAAUACUUUGGAUCAUAACCAAGAUUGUUAAAGUUAUUUUUCAUACAUCUUGGUCAUUGAAUCAGUCAAGAACUGCAACACCCACAACUUUCACUGAUUUUUAAAAAAUACUUUAUUAAUAAUAAUUUAAUUGGUUGCAAUCAUUCAGACUAAUGGGCUUCAAUAACAAUUUUAGUUGGGAGAUUGUGACCUUUCUUCUCAAUCAGUCACAGCCUCUUCAUUAAUUAUUUGAGGCAAUUAGAUUUUUAAUAUCUCCCAUUGAAAUUAUACAAACUGCAUUACUUCCAUUCCUGAAUCAACUUUAAUAUUAGGCAGUACUUUUCUUUAGUAUCCAUUGACCUGAUUCAGAAGGUUAUAAGGGAUUUUUUAAAAAAUACAAACCUGAUGGACCAAUUCAUUCUGUUCUUUACAAGCUAAUAAAUACAUUUUGAUUUUUCUGUGAACCCAAUAAUGAACUAUAAUAAUGCCAUGAGGAACGCUGAUCAGGCAUUUCCAUAAAAUGGCCAUUUUGUGAACCAAACUGAACCAGAACUUUAAAGUGCUUCUCUUUGGUUCUUGUAAAAUAUUUUUUAGUCACUGAAAAUUUCAACCCAAAUUACACAAAAUAAUUCAGCCUAAUAUCUAGCAUAUAUUGUAAAACAAAUGUUAACAUGCCAAUUUACUCUUUAUUCUAGUGCCUGAGGGAAAAAAAAAUUAAUGUGCACUGGUUCAGUGUAAAUUGAGCAUGUAGAACAUAACGGCAAACAGAAGCAAACUUUAAUGAAGUACUCGAGAGUGAGAGAGAUGUCAUUAGUGAAUUGUUUAAUUAGAAAUACAUAAACAGAUUUUUAACUACUUAUUGAACCUUCAGUAAAUAUAAUUCAACUAGUAAAUUUAGGAUACAGAAUGAAAAUAGAAUGGCAGAGAAUUAAGGCUCUUCAGAAAACUUUUAAUUUUGUAUAUCUGGCUUCCAGCAAUUUAAGUUGACUGUGAUAUUUAGUUUCCAAUUCAAUGCAAACUUCUCUAGAAAAUCAAUUAUUUAACACUAGCAACACAGCAUGGAUGUUCUUGCACAUAAGCGUACAAGUUCCCGAACUUUGAUUUUUGAUAUUCCCAAAAUAGAAAAAUAACAAAAACUCCAUCUUGGCUGGUAUUUAUCUCGUGUUUGGGCUAUUUUGUUAUGAUGUAACAUGUGCAUUAAUUAUUUAGAAACACUAAUCAUGACUGUGCAAAAUUUACUAAAUGUUCUGAUGCAUUAUUGUGAAAGAGUGAAUUAGGUUUUGAAAUGCCUACAAGCAAACUACAGUAAUAUAUAAUUGUUAAAACUGCACUGAAAAUGGAGUUCUUUGGUCAUAACAAAUAAGUGAUAAUUCUUGCAUCAGAAAUGAAUCAGGUUUUCAGUCUUUAUUAUAAAAUGUGGAGCUCCCUUCUUAGUGCAGAAAUUAUGACAAACUUGUAGAAUUUUCUUUAAGUAUCAUAUUCUUUGCUGGGGGGAGGGGGCGCUAACAGAUGAAAGGAAGAUAUUUCAGUACAGGAUGUGAAUGAAUCCUGAUAAUCUAUAAUUGUUACUGAUACAUUAACUUAAAUAACUUGAUAUGCAUUUUGUAUGCAGGUAGCAUCUUUUGUUUUACAGGCAGUUGAAUGAUAUUUCAUGGUUAUUAACUGUUAGUAAAAAGGUUCAUAUAUUUAAUGGGAUUCUAACCUAUAUACUAAUGUAUUAGCACCAUAUACUUCUCAAAAUUUCCAUGUCAUUUGCAUUCUAUCAAUAAAAGAUGUGUCGGGCUAUUUAUAUUCACUAAGAUGUGUACAGUGCUGUCACUGCAAGUACCUACUGAUAAAGCUAAUAAUUCUAAAGAUAUUAAACACCUUUUAAAUUUUGUAUUACUAUUAAUUUUGGAAAAUUACUGUCGAUCAAAAUCCUUGUUUGAGCUGGGGAUCAAUAUAAUAACCUACAUGACCAUCCCACUUGGAUUCUGUUUCAAUGCCAAUAAAUACGAUCUAUUAUUUAUUUUGUAAACAAUAACAUUCUGAUGGCCUCAUUGUAUUGCUGCGUUUAAAACACUACCAAUAAAAUAAAUUACAUACUUGUGUUUCAUUUUCUACCCUAUGCUUUAUUCCAUAGUUCCCAAUACAAUACCAAUGCACAAGAAAUAGAAAAUUUGGAAAUAUUCAGUGGAGCAACUAUGGAAAGAGCAUUACGUUUUCAGAAACCGCUUCUUGAUGGUGCUGAAAUAUCCACUUACCUGUCUUAAUAAUAUACAUGUUAACUGAUCAUGAGUUUUUCCAUAAUUUGCUGCUUGUUUGAACAUGUUUCUUUAUUUACAAGUGCAUGCUAGUGUUUUGAGGUUUGUUGUGCUAACAGUAUUGGACAAUUGUGGAUAAUUAAUAGCAUUGAAGCACAUCAAAUCCUAUAUUGACCCUGGAUACUUUUCAGUGACCUGUGCAAUAGAGGAUCUGGUCUUUGAGUUCUGUUACAUUUUUAUGUUGUUAAGAUGGUUAAAAUUUGGCAGCAAACCAACUAUAUAAAUAAAGUGAUGCUCACUGGAAAUGA